AUGAGCGAUGUCUCUGACACGCUUAAGCCUCAGCCAACGAAUGGUGGCGAAAGUGGCUUAUGUUGCAAGAUUAAAGUUGAGCACAACCUGAAAAGCUGUUUGCAUCGUAUUACAGCCCAAAUACUUGGUGCAAUGAAGAAUGUGGUUAAUCGUUUGCAUAUUGGUCCGAAAGGAAGUGUGUGCAUCAUAUUAAAUCGCGAGAAUUACGUCGCGGGUGAUAUGGUUCAAGGUCAAGUGGUGCUACGAGUCUCGCGUUUUAUCGAAUGCAAGAUGUUAUCAAUGCAUGUGACGGGCGUUGAGACUGUCAAGUGGUCGGAAGGAUCUACGCAUACACUUGCUCCUUGCUGCUUGCGUGACACUUUCCUCUGCGAGGAAAUUCAGCUUGAUCACUCUGUUCCGUGCGCGUUUAAACCAGGUGAAUAUCGGUUUCAAUUCUGCUAUCAGCUAAACGAGAUGCUACCACCAGUCUUUUGUAAGACGAAAACUUCUGUGGGAGCUUUACGUGACAUUAAUACGAGCAUUUCAUACACUAUUAAUGCUCAAUUACGGCUAAGCGGCAACCGAGUAGCUGAUCUACACACCUCGCGCAACAUUAUAGUGCAUCGUCCGUUGCUUUGUCACAUUGUGCGCUCGCUGCAAAAAUCAUCGUCUGACGAGGUGCGAUCACUUAUAUUUUUGAAGUCGAAAGGCCUUUGCGAAAUCCAAGUUUGCUUGGACAGCGACGUCCAGAUCUCCGGCAUGAGGCUUUCAUUACGGGCACAAAUUAGCAAUUUUUCAGUCCGAGACAUGCACAGUCUUUCUGUGCAGCUGUAUGAAGAUGUGUUUGUACAGCUGCCCAAUCGUAGAUUAAACAAAGGCACACGAGUUGUAUGCAAGCGCGUCUAUCCUGGCGUAAACGCGGGUCAACUGCUGGUCAAGACAUUGUCCUUGCCGCUAAUUGACGAUGAAAGUGGAAAACCAAUUGCCCCCACUCACAGCGCAACAUUUAUUCGAUGGCAGUAUCGACUGAAGGUAAAGUGUCGGUUUAUGUUGAGCAAGAGCGUGAAAGUGGAGAUGCCGGUUACCAUCUUACGCAAUAUUGGGGCACCACCGGCAUCUGUGGUUGGAGUUAGCGGCUCUCCAGCUGUGAUUGUCGUGGUACCUGAAGAUGAUAGAGCUGAACGUAAUAUCCAUUCAGGAUUGGUGCUGGUGCCCUAA